CCAUCGUUGAUGCAGGAGCGGCCAAAAUGAAGUUCAAUCCCUUUGUCACUUCUGACCUAAGCAAGAACCAGAAAAGGCAUUUCAAUGCACCUUCCCACAUUCUCAGGAAGAAUCUGUCUUCCCCUCUUUCCAAAGAGGUGAGACAAAACUACAAUGUGCGGUCUAUGCCCAUUGGGAGGGAUGAUGAGGGGCAGGUUGUAUGAGGACAUUAUAAAGGUCAGCAGAUUGGCAAAGUGGUCCAGGUUUACAGAAAGAAGUAUGUCAUCUACAUUGAGCGGGUACAGUGGGAAAAGGCCGAUGGCACCACUGUCCACGUGGGCAUUCACCCCAGCAAGGUGGUAAUCACCAGGCUGAAACUGGACAAAGACCGCAAAAAGAUCCUGGAACGGAAAGCCAAAUCCCGCCAAGUAGGAAGAAACAAUUGAGAAGAUGCAGGAGUGAAAUAAUCUUAUAUACAACUUUUGAU